ACAGGACUUCUCAUUCCAUAAAAAACACGUACUGAGCUUGCGUACAAACUAGCGCGAGACAUCGGACUGUGGCUAGCUAACUACGAAGUUUUCGGACUAAUCGCAGAAAUCACAACCUUUCUUUCCCUCAAAGGUAAAACUGUAAUGCAAAGCAAUAUUACAAAUAUCUAGCCUAUUUUGGUGUUAUUUUUCAGUCUCGUAAAAUGAAUGAAGAGGCGACAUUGCGUGCGCAAACGUUUGCUAGCUACAAUCUUGUUAAGACGUGACUAGCUAACAUUAGCUAGCUAGCUUACUUGUUCACGAAAAAAAACGCCCAAAAUGUGAACAAUGAGCAGUAACGGCAUUUUCGAUGAAGGCAUUGUGAUUUUAAAAAGUGCAAAUAUGUUACAAUAUCGCAGUUACUAACAGGUUUCGCCGCUAUCGCAUAGAUAACAUCCUAGUUAGCUAGUUAACUAACAAGUACAUUUUUUGGGUAUGGGUAAGUUAACGUGAACUAAUGUAGCUAGCUAGCAGUCUAGCCCGUAAACCGAGCUAAAUCAAGAGAGCACUGACUGCUGUCUGACGAUGAUGAUGAUGAUACUCGGGUUGCGUCUGUCUUCUUGGCAAGACAGGCUGAUGACUGGUCAACAAAGGGAUUGCGCUAGACUUUGACAGCUGUGCAAGUAAUUUAUAGGGUGCAAGUUGUACGCUGUUGGGUAUUUGAUAGAGGUCCAGUGAUGUAUUAUUAUGAGUUACAUUUUUGGCUCCAGAAGAGCUAGUAGUAUCCCUACUAGGAGGACUGAAGGCAGAGACCAGCGAGAAAGAAGCAGACCAGAGAGAUAAGAGGUAUUGUGGAAGAUGUCUGCCUCGCACUUCUUCAAUGAGGACAGUGUCACGCGGUUCAAAAAGAGAAAAGCUCGCUUUACCUUCAGUGAGGUCCACAUCCUCCUAGAUGAAGUGAAGAAGAAUCGGCACAUCGUUGUCGGGAAGUUUAACCGCGGUGUACCAACGGAUGUGAAGAAGCGCGUGUGGGCAGAGAUCACAGCCAGUGUGAAUGAGAUCGGGGAGAGCCAGCGUGAGGUCAUCGAGAUCAUCAAGAAGUGGUCCGACCUCAAGUGCGACACCAAGCGUAAGGUGGCCGCCAUGCGGUCGGGGGCCAACUUCAAGGGGAUCAACUCGCGGCUGUCCCGUGACCUCAGCCCCACAGAGAACAUUGUGCAUCAGAUUUUGGAGCUGGAUGGAAAGCGAAGCCGGGUGCCAGGUCUCCAUUAUGGGGCUUUCAAGGAGGGAGAUGAUGAUGAAGGACCAGAGGAGGAGGAUGAGGAAGAGGACAUGGCAGGGAUACACAGUUACCCCAAUGAAGGAGUAGACGUCUCGAUGCCACCACCCUCCACGCUUUCCUCGGCAAUGCCCAUGUCCUUUUCCAUGGGUAUGCCCAUGCCAGGCCCUGGCCACACACCCAUACCCCCGGUUCAACCCAAAGAUGACCAUUCUAUGCCAACCUACAGUGGAUCGUCCAGAGAUUCUUCACAUCCCUCUUAUGAAAUGCAGUACGAGAUACCCACUGGUGAAGAAACUGAGAACCAGUUUGGGCAGACAGACGACGAGCGUCAGGACGAGCUGCCCCCUUCUACCUCACAGACGUCCAGCCUCACAGAGGACAACCAGGGGAGCGGCGGCGGGCCACACCCCUCCACAGGCACCCAGCCCUCACCCUCAUCGUUCUCUGCCGCACCACCUACAGCAGGCCAGCCACCUCGGAACGCCAGGGAGAGCAUGUUGCAGAGUGCCUCGCUGAGCAUUCAGGAGCAGCACGCCACCAACACCGCGCUAGAGACUGUGUCGCGCUCCCUGGAACUGCUGUCCGAGUCAGUGCAGCAGCUGGCCGAGACGCAGCAGGAGUUUGUGCGCGAGUCGCUGCAGCUGCAGAGGGAGACGAUGCACAUACUCCGAGACUUCACCAGUGGGGCCCUGGCCCUCAUGCAUGACAAGCUCAAUGGACGCCCGGCCCUAUAGCCCAGACGUUGCUGCACUAUCUGCCCCUCCUGUGGAGCUGGACGGGUGUGUUCCUUUACACUGGGUACAAGGUUGUUCCAUUUCUUUCAUUGAGUCAUUUACUCCAGACAUUUUUAGUGGGUUGUGUUCCGAGUUACUGUAUUUUAUAGGAGUAACCCUACUGUCUGCGUAAAUGUUUAAAUUAUGAACUGUGUGUUAUCCCGCCAAGGGAAAUACAGAAACUCAAAGCAGAAUUAGGGGUUUCUUGCACAAAUUAAGAGCCUAUUUGUUUCUUCCCCCAUUUCUCAGAUCAUUAAAAUGGAGUCUAGUUUAAGGCUCAGAGAGAAUCUAAAACUUGCCUAAUUUUAGAGUGCGGUAAUAAUGUGUAAUAUUUCCUAAAGUGUCCUGUUGUAUCAUGUUGAAAACAGGUCCUAUCUGAUAAACAUGUUAGAGCGAUAAGGCCCCGUCAUUUGUAAAGGUGUGCAUACUUAUUGAGAUUAUGGACUGAUUUCUGUAUGUUCCUUUUUUAUGUGAGACAGUUUUAAACAAAUUCUCCUUUUGUCUACUAUGUUGAUGUAGUCUCCUUAUGUACUAUUGUACGGAGAUAUUGUAGAACAUGUAAAUAAAUAUGAUAACUGCUGUAAA